UUGGCUUGCAGGAAGUAGUGCAAUCUCGAUCUCCAACAUUUUCACCUCAACCCUGACACGACAGAUAAGCUCAUCCCGCGAAAUAAGAGUCUAGCUUUUCUUGCUCACCACCCCCACGCUCUUGUACUUUGUUCUUUUUCAACAGCUUUACCGAAAAUUCCGAAUGAAACUACGACCAGAAAAAGAAAAAAGUAAAUCGUUUCCGGAACAGAGCCUGUAGAAGCUGCAUCGCGUAGUUCUUCUACUUCUUCGAAAUCGAACCACUAAUUCGCAGAAAAAGAUAGCUCUUGCUCCCAGUCGUGCAGCGGAGCACCGGAAAAUAAGUGCGACUCCGUCGAAGAUGAUGCGUACCACGCGCGAUGAGAAGACCUCCGCAACAACCAGGUCGUCAGUCGGCGCCAGCAGUGCGGCCCGCCUGCUCUGCGCCGCCCUUCUCAUCAAAUUCUCCGAAAAUGAAGAUGGAGCAGCACUGCGAAGUGCGUUGGCGCUCUAUGCAUUGCAAAAGUAUCGUACUAGUAAAAAUAGCAUUACAAAUUUUUCCAGAACGAAAAAUGGAAUUCGUAAUGCUGAAUAAGCUAAGGAGCCAGAUUUUUUGUCAUGCAUGACUGCAAUUACUACAAGUGCGAUGCUUUUGCACAGGAUACGCUCUCUUUCAACGUGAAGCAGCAGCAGAAGAAGGCGCAUGCACGUCGAAGCAUUACUGUGCAGAAACCAGGCCGCGCGGGGACGGGGGAAAAUCAAGCGGGGAAGCAGGACGCAGGAGUGUUGGGAACUACAGCUACGGGUCGCGGGACCGGCAUUGCCACGGCGUCGGUGCAGAAUGAGGUUGUGCCAUCUGCGCAGGAAGCGGAAGUCCGGACGAUGCCAGAAAUGUCGUCCGCGUUCACGUAUGGUCUUGUGAGCUGUUCCAUUCCCAUCUGCCACUGACUUUUUUUUUUGCGAUACACGUGGACGCAAAAAGAACUCCAGUAGCUAGGGCUACCACUCGCCGGCAGCUGAUGUGCAUGACCAAAAUCAUGCCUGGUCGCGUGACAGGCCUGAAUAAAGAAGUGCGUGUAUAAAUAUUGUAAGUUUUGCAGUGCGGAUUAUGCGGAUUGAUCAUGAAAGCGGAGUUAGAGCAGCGUAACAGAGGCAUCUAUUGAAUGAAAACGCGAGGUGAAGUCUACUCGCCUCGGACAUUCGCAACAUCUGCGAUGUUCUUGUUACUCUGUCUAUCGCAAACAGUUAAAAAGUAGAAAAAAAGACAUUACGUUUCUUGAGAAUGGAACGGUUGAGGAGGCCAUAGUACAAAUACGGAAGUAAACAGUACAGCGGGUCGUGGAAUGGGGUUCCUGGAAGAGUCGUUAGCUGGAACAGGACACAACACCGGAUAUUUCUAUUGUCGCACUUGCAUGAAGCACAGCUGGUUAGCUUUUGUGGACGUGAACACCGGCCGUCGAACCGUCUGGCAGAUGAAGGACACUGUUUUGAAACUCGACCACAGCAUCAGCGAAAAAACUGGAGGCUCGGCUGCAGACGAGCUGACAAAGGAGUUCGAGCAGAGGUAGCAAAGUGAAAAGUGCCAGGUCGUGGUGCCGUCUCGAGAAAUGUUGUUGAACGCCAGCUCCUGUCGCCAGGCCAUUUUUGCGCUUUCCUCGUGAAUAAACUAUAAUCCUCGACGAGAUGCGUGGUUAUUUGCAGAAGAGAAAUUCAAUCCAAAAUGGAUGCCGAAGGAACUCUGCAUUUUUGCUGUCUUCGUGCGCAUUGUCUUCACCAGCAUGCAGUGUAGCUGAAGACAACUGCCAUGAAGAUCAUGGAGCAGGAGGCAGUCUCCUGCUGCUCGAUUCUGUCAUAGUACCAGAACGAGUCGAGAUCGAGUUCUAGUCGUGCAGGUGCUUGCAAAUCGUGCUGGAACAUCAAGGACGAUUUUUGCAUGGUUUCUCACUGUCGCUGAAAUUGAUUCUAAUUCGUAAUUCUUUUGAGCUGCGCUAGAGGUAGAGCUAGCACAAAUCGCAAAAAUUCGCGUUGUUGUCGAAGUAGUUGCUGAUGAUUUGAAAAAAGAGCUGUAGCGACUUUUUUGUGGCAAAUGAAAUAUUUAUUCUCCUCGUCCUUCCUUCUAUCUCAGACCACGGAGACGGACCGGACCCGGAGCGCUUUUCAUUUUGAUACAAGGUGGGAAAUGUGUGGGGGCACGGGUCAUGGAGGCAGCUGCAUGCACCGCCUUAUGUAUGCGCACUGGCGUGGGGAUGUGAUGAGCGGCAUAAUGGCGGAGACGCACGUUGUCGACCAUAACUAUUUAAUGUGGCAUGACUACAAAAUCGGGGCGGAUGAAUCGAAUGGCCUGGGCUGGAUGAAUCGAAUGGCCCCCGUCGGGUGGGAUCUUAUGGGCGAUGCUUGGAAGACUAUUCAGGAGGAACUGCAAAAAGCUUCCGAUGAAUUCGGAAGUGCGCUCAAGGUGAUGAGCCUGUCAUGUGAUGGCAGAGCGUUCGACUCUUCAGGAAGGGGCUAUUGCCCUUUUGGUUCUCGCGACACGUGGAACGACCACGGCAAUGACGCCAUAACGGAGAAGACGAAGCAAGAACUAUCAAAAUGAAAAGUCCCCCGCUGAGCUCCCCAGAUGCAAAACAAAGGCCCGGCGGGUGCAGGAUUAUUUGCGUGCGCGUCUUGUUGCAGAAGUAAGAAACCUCCGCAGCCACGUCCUCAGCCUGUUUACGUUUAGGGGCAGGAAGGUCUAGCUUUGCAUUUUGGCAAACGCCUGCCCGGUAGACCCAGCACCGGGACGAGGAAUCGCCUCCAUCAAGCGGGGGCGCACACCUCAUCGACCUGCGCUUGCCUUCUUGCAAGACAAAAAAGCGGCCACAAAUCUGCAUAUAGGUCCUCCCAAGUUUUCCUUUACCUUUUGAGUGUGGGGAGCAGGGUGGGACUUUUCCUAGCGAUAAGAAUGCUUAGACAAGGCGUGUUGUAAGCAGACGGAGCGCGGGUCUUCAGGGUGGUUCGGCGAUGACUACAAAUGCGCGGGAGAAAACUUUGAACAGCUCUCAGCCUUGUUGCAGACCAGCCCUCUCGCAGAAUCCAUCGACAGAACAUCUUCAAUGAGCAGCGAGGACUGGGGAGAUUUUCCACUAACCCCCGCCA